GGAGGGAGGAGGGUACAGCGGCAGAUCUGGCAAAUUGCGAACUGCCUUCCCUCCCCAAAGUGUGGAGCAGAAGCGCGGGGGAGCUCCGCGGCGGUGGCGCCUCCUCCGCCACCAAACUCCCCGGGCUCGGCGAGGCUUGUGGCCACCUCCUCCUAAGCCAGGAGGAACCCUUUCCCGAUAGGUUUCGGCCUGACUCCCCCCGCCCCCCAUUUCUUUCUUCUUCCUCCCCCCCAUUCCUUUUCUUUUUUUUUAAACACACAUUUUUCCCCCCCUGGCUUCGGACCUCAGAUUGCUGCAGCCCUAGCCUUCCCUGGGCUCAGCUCUUUAGGGCUGCCCAUCCCUCCGGCUGCGAGAAAGGACGCGCGCCCUGCGUCGGGCGAAGAAAAGAAGAAAAACUUGUCGGAGGGGUUUCGCCAGCCCACAUUAACCCCCUUCCCGCAAACCCAAACCUCCCGCGAGGGCCGUCCCAACAUUGGGGAAAGUUCCUUCUGAGCCGACAGCCCUCUUGGAUUUGGAGAAGGCAGCCGCGCUGGCUGUGGAAUUAGAUCUGUUUUGAACCCAGUGGAGCGUAUCGCGGGGGCUCGAAAGUCACUGUCUCCAGGGACCCGGGUGGCGCUGCCUGUGCGGAACCGAGAGUUUGCGAGACCCGGCUGCAAGUGGCCUUUCCUCCCCGCAGUUGCUGUCCUGUGUCUGGGGUGAGGGCAGCGAGUGUUGUGGCAAGUUGCGAAGAGAGACCCGGAGGUCCAGAGAGAACUGCACCCCCCCCUCGCUCUCCCUUCUUCCUCUUCCCAGCUCCUGAGUGUGAAAUCCCAUCGAAAUUUACAGAGGCUCCAGGUUCAGCCAAGACCGGUCCGCAGAGCUUUGCCCGUCGUCCCCACCGUCCCCAUUCCCACCCGGAGCCCCCGAGCACACGGCGCGGAGGAACGACUGGCGGGAGGGGGAGGGAGGUCGCGGAGGCGGCAUGGCGAGGUUCCCGAGGGCCGACCUGGCCGCUGCCGGAGUUGUGUUACUUUGCCACUUUUUAAUGGACCGGUUUCAGUUCACUGAAGGGGAGCCUGGAAACCAAAUCAAUGACUGGCACUAUCAAGUUGCUCAGGUCUUCCCACAAACAGAAGAGGAAGUGGAAGUGGACACGCAUGCCUUCAGCCACCGGUGGAAAAGGAGCUUGGAUGCUCUCAAGGCAGUAGACUCCAACCGAGCAAGCAUGGGCCAAGACUCCCCAGAGCCCAGAGGCUUCACGGACCUGCUGCUGGAUGAUGGGCAGGACAAUACCACCCAGAUUGAGGAGGACACAGAUCACAAUUACUAUAUAUCUCGGAUAUAUGGUCCCUCUGAUUCUGCCAGCCGGAGUUUGUGGGUGAACAUAGACCAAAUGGAAAAGGACAAAGUGAAGAUUCAUGGAAUAUUGUCCAAUACUCAUCGGCAAGCUGCAAGAGUGAAUCUAUCUUUCGAUUUUCCAUUUUAUGGCCAUUUUCUACGUGAAAUCACUGUGGCAACUGGGGGUUUCAUAUACACUGGAGAAGUUGUACAUCGAAUGCUAACGGCCACACAGUACAUAGCACCUUUAAUGGCAAAUUUCGAUCCCAGUGUAUCCAGAAAUUCAACAGUCAGAUAUUUUGAUAACGGCACAGCACUUGUUGUCCAGUGGGACCAUGUACAUCUCCAGGAUAAUUACAACCUGGGAAGCUUCACAUUCCAGGCAACCCUCCUCAUGGAUGGACGCAUCAUCUUUGGAUACAAAGAAAUUCCUGUCUUGGUCACACAGAUAAGUUCGACCAAUCACCCAGUGAAGGUGGGGCUGUCUGAUGCCUUUGUCGUUGUCCACAGGAUCCAGCAAAUUCCCAAUGUCCGAAGAAGAACAAUUUAUGAAUACCACCGAGUAGAGCUACAGAUGUCAAAAAUUACCAACAUUUCAGCUGUGGAGAUGACGCCAUUACCUACAUGCCUCCAGUUUAAUGGUUGUGGCCCCUGUGUAUCCUCUCAGAUUGGCUUCAACUGCAGUUGGUGUAGUAAACUUCAAAGAUGUUCCAGUGGAUUUGAUCGCCAUCGGCAGGACUGGGUGGACAGUGGAUGCCCUGAAGAGUCCAAAGAGAAGAUGUGUGACAACACAGAGCCCAUGGAAAGUUCUUCUCAAACCACCACAACCGUACAAGCAACAACCACAAAAUUCAGGGUCCUAACGACCACCAGAAGAGCAGUGACAUCCCAGCUGCCCACCAGCCUGCCCACAGAAGAUGAUACCAAGAUAGCACUGCAUCUAAAAGACAAUGGAGCUUCUACAGAUGACAGCGCAGCCGAGAAGAAAGGGGGCACCCUUCAUGCUGGCCUCAUUGUUGGAAUUCUCAUCCUGGUCCUCAUUAUAGUCGCAGCCAUUCUCGUGACCGUCUAUAUGUAUCACCAUCCAACAUCAGCAGCCAGCAUUUUCUUUAUUGAGAGACGCCCAAGCAGAUGGCCUGCGAUGAAGUUUCGAAGAGGUUCAGGUCAUCCUGCCUAUGCUGAAGUUGAACCAGUUGGAGAGAAAGAAGGUUUCAUUGUCUCAGAGCAGUGCUAAAAUUUCUAGGACAGAACAGCACCAGUGCUGGCUUACAGGUGUUAAGACUAAAAAUUUGCCUAUAUCUUUAAGAUGCGCGCGCGCACACACACACACACACACACACACACACAGGAGCCCUAAGCUGCUAUAGCCUAAAGGAGAUGAGAUUUCUGGACAAGCCCAGCCCUGGAAAGGUAAAAGAAAAACUAAAACCUAUACAAGGUACCACUGACCAUUGAACACAGAAUUCCCUAGUGGAAUGACAUUUUAUAGUUCACUCAGAACAUCUCCUGUGGACUUACCAGAAGUACAAGAUGACAGUGCUGUUGGCUUAGGUGCAGGGUUGCAAGGGGAUAGAGAAAAAGACAAUAAUAAUAAAGCUUUAGUUCAUGAGGGAUCUCUACCUUUGGUUCAAAUAUUCUUCUCUGAUGUCUCAAAGAUAACUGUGUUCCAAAGCCUGAACCCUUCCUCUCAAAAGAGCAAUGAUGAAUGUUUCAAGAUUGCUAAGAGAAACAGCUUGUGCAGGAGCAAAAAACAAACCUAAAAUAAGAGGUUUUCUAUCUUUCCACCAGACAUGUGGCAAAAGGAUUUUGUUUUUCUGGUCUAGAUCCACUUGUUCGGACAAGUUCAUUAUUUUGCAGAAUGAAUCUUUUAUCUGUGCCUACCUCUCCCUUGUUAAUGAGUGUCCUUUCUAUGCGCUGCCCUUUCUGUGGCUGCCAAGCCCUUGGCUAAGGGUUAGGAGAGAGGGAGUGGCACAGGAGAUUUUCGGUUCUCCUGCCUCGGAAUAAAUCACUUCAUUCGGUUUUUAAGAUACAUUGCCUACGUUUUCCCAACUAUCAAAUCCUAUGAAGCCACAGUUGCUCUUGGCUGAAGGAAACAAUACCAAGAGUCCCUUCAUCAUUUUGGAAGCAAAAACAUUAAGGGAUUCUAAACAUAUUGGCGGCGGGGGAGGGGGUUGGGUUUUUGGUUUUUUUCCUCCUUACUUUGUGCUGUUUCAGGACUUCAGACCCAUGCCAUCGUUGAUUCCUGUCUACGAAGCCGUUCAGGUCGGCAUAUCCCUGGUGAUAAAAAAGAAUGAAAGAACCCUGCUGAAUCAUACAGUAAUUUUCUUUAAAGCACAUAGUAGUUACAUAAAUAUAUAUAUAAAUAUAUUUUUGUUUAUAACUAACACAAGGCAGGCUCUUGUGACUCAGAGUGCGUUUGUCAUCAAGACAAAAACAAACGCGAGACGCGUUACUGCAUACUUCCAUAGAGUUGUAAAAUAAUCCUUAAUAUUAGAAUAUUUUUAUGUCACUUAGCAAAAGUGGUUCAAUUAGUCGCAGUGCCGAUCGUUCUCCUGCCUAGUUGAGCCACUUUUUCAUUCCUAUGAAACCCUUCCCUCCCUGGCUAAAUAAUGCAGGUGCAAAAUGCUCUUUAGAUGGAUCUGACAUUUUGCCCUGAUGAUCAUAAUCCAGAUUUCAAAACUUCUCCACAAAUGAGGAAAGCAAAGGCAUCGCUUGAGGAGGAAAGUGGUUAAUACGUACACUGAGCUCCCAGCGCUUAAAUUCAGGUCCUGUGUGUACAAGUUCCGCAACAUCUCGACCCAUGAGACUGACAUCCUGUGCCAAGACGCUGUAGAUUCUUCUAGGGGACGGUGUCCAACAUUUGCAGAUUCAGGUAUCAAGCAGCAGAGAUGUCUCAUAAGCAGCUCUUUACUAAACAGCUCAGCAUCUGUAUACAGUGUCCGCACUGCACACCAUCGGUCUACUAACAGUAUCCGAUUUUAUCUUCACAGUCGUCUGACAUAAACUAGUGCCGUCUUCCAUCACGUAUAUUUUGCUUUACAUUUUUAAAUACCUGAUGAGGUUAGUAAUUUUUUCCUAACCUACUUAGUUAAUAAUAUCAAAAAAGGACAAAAAAAAACCCAAAACCUGACAAGGCGAUUGAAGGAUGUGAUGACAAUCUCUCUGCUGUAUCUGCAUCCAGUUUGUAUGAAGUAUCCCAACUUAUUUCUUGUGGAGUAGGUUUGGUCAGAUUAGCAAUAACCAAAUGACUUGCCAAUGUAACUGGUGCAACUGGUAUUCUACAAAGACAUAAAGAACACAUAGACGAUUCCUUUUAGGAUAAGAUGAUGCUUCUUCCACUAGCUCUUGUGAUAGGUGUGGCUUCCAAUAGCAGUAGAUUGACAGCUGUAUAAAUCUUAUGUAUAUAUCCAACUCCUUACACAAUUCUUUGAAGUUGUAAUGUUGUCUUUCUUCCCUCAGAGCUCAUCUUCCAUUUUCUAUUAAAAGAAUUGGCAAUUCUGGAAAUGAAUAAACAAGAAAGACAUAAAACUGAAUUGUUCAGUGAACUAAAAGCACCUAGAAAUGGGGAAAACUUUUUGGAAGUGUGAGAACCCUUCCUAAUGAAAGUAGGAGUCAAAGGUGGUUUCUGCUGUCUAUGAAUCUUUUAGUGGUAAGGGGAAAGGCUGGCUUUUUUUUUUUUUUCAUGAAAUUUUUAUUCUAUUUUAUAUUUCUCAUUUGUUCCUGGUGCCCAUUUACUGCAAAGGGGAGCAAAUGUACACCUUGUUUCUAGAAAUUUGGAAUGGACAUUGAUGCUUUGGACUUUACAUACAAUACAUAUUAGAAAGGGUACAUCUGUUCAUUACUUAAAUACUAUGAACAUAGUAGAGAAUAACAGUUUUAAAAAUUAAGAAUAGCAAAGGAACACAUACAGGCUUCUGAAAAAAUCUGAUACACAGUGCUACAGAGGAAAUAACAUUUGGUAUAAAGGUCAACAAAAAUGUCUUAAGUCAACCAGAUGGCACUGACCACAAUGUUGGUUUGGUUUUGAAGUGUUUAGGCUUUAAGAUAGAUUAACAAACAGAAAACUAAAGAUAAAUAAUAAAGUACAGUUUACCUCCAUUAUUAUUUUAGUUUGAGAUACCUAGAGCAUUUACUGAUCUCUCUCACAUGGAGCUUCUAGAGUUGUGCCAUCCAGUAUCCUUUCCACAAGCCAAAUUUGGCUAUUUAAAUUUAAAUUAAUAAAAAUUAAAUUUAAAAAAAAGCCACUGAGUUCUUCAAUCACUAGUCACAUUUCGAAUGCUCAAUAACCACAUGUGGCUUGUUGGCUUCCAUAUUGGACAACACAGCACAUUCCUGUCAUUGCAGAAAAUUCUGUUAUACAGUGCUGUAGAGCAGAGGUCUUUCAAUUCCCUGUCCUUGAACAAAAGGGAGAAGGAAGAAAAAGAGAAGAUUUGGUAGUUCUUGGGUAUAUCCAAGAGUUUUUUAUCUCAAAGAGGCAACAUGCUCUAAUGAAAAGAAUAUCAGCUGACACAGCUUUGACUCUCCACUACGUUAUCUUGGGAAAAUCACUUUAACUUCCAUGACUCUCAAUUUACAAUUUUGGAAAAUAAAAAUAUUUUUGCUCUGU